CGCGCGGAGCCACGGGCGCGCUCGGGUCAGUGAGUGUCCGUUUUUCUGGUUCCUGCCGCCGCCGCGCUCCUCGGGCCCCGCCUCCACACCCAGUUUCGGGGGUCGCCUGGUAAGGUUAAAAUCCCUGAACCCCCUUCGUCCCUCUCGCUGGGAGCUUGUACCUAUCGCUUGUCGCGGCGUCGCCGUAAGACGUUCCGAGCCCUGUCGCUCGGUGCGGGACCCGGGAGUGUGCGCUCGGUUCCGUUAUCGCUCUGAGGCGGGUACGGGCCCCAGCCUUGCCGCCCUCGGCUCUUGUAGACACCGAUGGCCCUUGCCGGUCGCUUUCCCUCUCAGAACCUUCCCCGGACUCCCGGCUCUGCGCCCACCCUCACCCGCGCCGGUACUGUGGUCCCUCGGGAAGUGGAUGCAGGCCCUUCUCUCCGCUCCAGGGAGGGCAGAGGAGCAACCGAGAUGGCGGGGAGGAGGCAGGAGUCUGCGGAGUUAGGGGCCACCAGAACGUCUGGGGAGAAAGAGCGGCAGGGAUUGAAACAGAGGUUGCGGCAGAGCCGGGUCGAAGUGUUGGCAUAGUGAGGGAGGGAAGCCGAAGGAUGCGCAAACAGAGAGGGAAACGCAGAUGGACAAAAGGAGAGAAGAGAAACGAGGACAGAGACAUACACAGAGAACACAACACAUAGUGGUCUCGGACAAAGCACGGGACCCAGACCCAGAAUAACCUUAUCUGAGAAAGAAGCCCAGAAGAAGAAGGAAAAAAGGAGGAAUGGCUCUUUCCCAGGGACACCUGACCUUCAGGGAUGUGGCCAUCGAAUUCUCUCGGGAGGAGUGGGAGUGCCUGGACCCUGCCCAGAGGGCCUUGUACAGGGACGUGAUGGUGGAGAACUACCGGAACCUGGUCUCCCUGGGUGAGGAGAGUUUCCCUCCAGAAGUUGGAAGCCUUUCUGCUGGAUUUGCAAUCAAGAAAUUAUCACCAAAAGAGGACAUUAAUAAAGGAGAAUCAUACCGCUUAGUGAUAUUGGAGGGAAAUGAAAGCCAAGGCAUCAAGGAUUUUGAUCUCAAGGAAGUCUGGGAAAAUAUGCAUGAGUUUGAGAGUCAGUGGAGAUACGAUGCAAGAAAUUACAAAGAAGUGCCUUUGACACAUAACAAAAAUCUCACUCACAGAAAAGAUCAACAGCUUAAUAAAUCCUCAAUUACGUUUCCUCCAAAGCAGAGUACUUCUGUAGGAAAUCAUACAUACCAAUAUUUCAUGCAUGGUGAGCCAUUUGUAAGGCAUUUGUUAAAACUGGAAAAUAACACAAGUGUUGCUGGAAAAUGGUACACAGACUGUUUGGAAAACAGAACUGGGUUAUGUUUACACGCACACCUGGCUGAACUGCAGAGAUUUCAGACUGAGGAAAAAAUGUAUGAAUGUAAUCAAGUUGAGAAAUCUUUCAACAAUGGUUCCUCUGUUUCACCACUUCAAAGAACUCCUUCCAGUAUCAGAAACAUUUGGAAUAAAUAUAGGAAGAUUUUAAAAUAUCCUUUGUUACCUACACAAUACAGAAGAGCAUACACUAGGGGAAAAUCUUACAAAUGUAAUGACUGUGGGAAGGCUUUUAGCAAAAGCUCAAACCUCAUGAGUCAUGAGAGAAUUCAUUCAGGACAGAGACCUUACAAAUGUAAUGAGUGUGGCAAAGCCUUUACAGAGCGCUCACAUCUUACUCAACAUAAGAAAAUCCAUACUGGAGAGAAACCUUACAAAUGUAAGGAGUGUGGCAAAGCCUUUAACCAAUGUUCAAACCUCACUAGACAUCAGAGAAUCCAUACAGGAGAGAAACCAUAUAAAUGUGACAUAUGUGGCAAGGUCUGUAGUCAAAAUUCAAACCUUGCAAAUCAUCAGAGAAUGCAUACUGGAGAGAAACCCUACAAAUGUAAUGAAUGUGGUAAGGCUUUUAUCCAACGGUCACACCUUUGGAGUCAUGAGAGAAUUCAUAGUGGUGAGAAACCUUACAAAUGUAAUGAAUGCAGCAAAGCCUUUGCUGAACGUUCAAGCCUUACUCAACAUAAGAAAAUCCAUACUGGAGAGAAACCUUACAAAUGUAAGGAGUGUGGCAAAGCUUUUAAGCAGUGCUCACACCUCAUUAGACAUCAGAAUACACAUCCUGGAGAGAAACCACACAAAUGUGAUGUUUGUGGCAAAACUUUUAUCCAAAGCUCUAGCCUUCUAGAACAUCAGAGAAUUCAUACAGGAGAAAAACCUUAUAAAUGUAGUAAAUGUGAUAAGGCUUUUAUCAGACGGUCACACCUGUGGGGCCAUGAGAGAACUCAUACUGGAGAGAAACCUUACAAAUGUAUUGAGUGUGGCAAAGCCUUUGCUGAGCGUUCAAAUCUUACUCAACAUAGAAAAAUCCAUACUGGAGAGAAACCUUAUAAAUGUAAUGUGUGUGGCAAAGCUUUUACCCAAUUUGCAAACCUUACCAGGCAUCAGAAAAUACACACUGGAGAGAAACCACACAAAUGUGAUGUGUGUGACAAGGCUUUUAUCCAAAGUUCAAGCCUUAUGGAACAUCAGAGAAUUCAUACAGGAGAAAAACCUUAUAAAUGUAACAAAUGUGAUAAGGCUUUUAUUAAACGUUCUCAUCUUUGGGGUCAUGAGAGAACUCAUACUGGAGAGAAACCUUAUAAAUGUAAUGAGUGUGGCAAAGCCUUCACGGAGCGUUCACAUCUUACUCAGCAUAAGAAAAUCCACACUGGAGAGAAACCUUAUAAAUGUAAUGAGUGUGGCAAAGCUUUUACCCAGUUUGCAAAACUUACUAGGCAUCAGAAAAUACAUAGUGAAAAGAAACAUUAUAAAUCUAGUAUGUGUGGCAGUGGUUUUAUUCAAAACUCAAGCUUUGGGGAUCAUCAAAGAACUCACAAUAGAAGGAAACCUUACAAAUAAAAUGAUUAAGCAAGUGUUCAAGCCUUAUUCAACAUCAGAGAAUCCAUAUCAUGGAGAGGAACCAUAUGAAACUAAUGUAUGUGGCAAAACUUGUAACCAGGGGCUUACACCUCACUUGACAUCAUAAUAUAAAUCUCUAAAAGAAAGCACACAAAUGUAAUGUAUGGCAAGGCUUAUCCAAAGUUUAUACCUUGUGGAAUAUAACUGUUCUUAUAGACAGAAACCUUACAAAUGUAAUGAGUGUGAUCAGCUUUAUAAAAAAUGUACAGCUUUGGGGGGCACAUAAAAUAAGUGAAUGGGAUUAAAAGGGACAAAUUUCCAGUGAUUAAAAAAAAUAAAAGUACAACGUUGUGGUUAUGAAAGAAUUCAUAUGAGAUGGAAACCACACAAAUGUGUCAAGGUCUUUACCUCAGGAAAUACCAAAGAAUGCAUACUGGACAGAAACAUUACAAAUGUAAUGAAAGUGAUCAUUUGUUUAGCCAGUUCUCUCAAUGGACUAAAAUAAGAAAACUCAUACUACAGGGGAAGUAGGCCUACUUUGAGGAUUAACCAAUCUUAGAUGUUAAAUUCCACAGAAAAUUUAAAUUAUUUAAAACCUAAUGAGGUAUCAUUAGAUAGGUAUCAACAGAACAAGGAUAUCUGUGGAAAGAGCUACUAAUUAUCUUCAGCUUAUAAUUUUUUAAAAAUAUUCUAAGUAUUCUCAACACCCAAUGUGGAAUUUAAACUCACAACCCCAAGAUCAAGAGUCACGUCCUCUUAUAAGGACUGAGCUAGCCAGAAGCCCCUAUAAAUUUUUUUACUCAAUUACUUGAGGUUUCUCGAGGCUGCAUUAUUACUGAUGACACGACCUGCAGUUUGGAAUCCACUGAUGGUAUACUUUAAUUACAUUCAUUUCAUGGGCCACCAUAAUGGGCUCAAGGGAUUGGUAAGGUGAAAGGACCCAGGUCAUUUAGGUGGGGUUUACUCAUACCUACGUAACCUGGAAAAACUAGGACACUAAUUUUAAGAUACAGCACAAUGUAGGUUUGAGGGCUUAGUGGGGGCAGGGAAUAGCACAAAACUGUUACCUAAAUUGCCAUGUUUUCUGUGACUACAGCCUCUUCUCUAGAUUGUUGGUAUGAUUGAGGGCCUUUGUUGAUGGUUACAGGAAAGGAUGAUCAUGAAACAGAGUAGGCCAGAACAUUAAGAGAAAUAUUUUCAUGUGAGUAGAAGGACAGGUUAUUGGGGAUGGCAUAUGUAGUAGAAAAAAUGGAGGGGGAAUGAUGAUUUCUCCCUCUUAUGAAAGGCAGUAAUUGUUGUAUAUCAUAGAUAAGUAAAAAUUAGUCUUAUUUUUGGAAACUGAAGAGAAAGUUGUAGAGCACAUUUUAAUCAAAAGAACCAGAGUAGUAUGCUUGUGAAGGAUUCAAAUUUGGCCACUGAAAUUGCAGUCUGAUAUCAUUUUAUUAAGGAUAUUAUAAAUUCUCAUAUCUAAAAAGGAAACUAUAGAAACAUUUUUUUGUAACAUGAAUGAAUCAUGUGCCUUUUAUUAGCCCAAGUGCAUCCCAUCUCAUUGGAGCAUUUCAUAAUGAACAUUGGUAAUACAUCCUUGGGCUCCCUAGGUUGAAUGUCAUCCAUAAUAAUUUUUCUCCAUGUUAGAUUCACACAACUUACAUUGUUGGAAAUAUAUAUUCAUAAUUUGAAUUUGAAAGUUACACAAUUUCAAACUCACCCUCUAAAACCUGCCUCCCCGUUCAUAAACAUACACUGUGUGAUUAUAGUUUACAUGGCUUUCUUUUGUGCUGCAAUGAGACCCUUGGGUUGCAUGUUUACAUGAAAUGAAAAUAGAAAAAUAGUAAGCAUAUGAAAAGUAUUAGGAAAUAAAAGAAAAUUUCAGAAAUAAGGAUAAAGAUAAUCUCUUGUGCUGGCUUGCUCAGGAAGUUGAAAAGAUCAGUGUUCACUGAGUUUCUCUCAAGAACAAACAUUGACACAGUGGGAGUCUUGAUAACUAGCAAUCUCAUAUAUUUACCCUCUAAAACAUUUUUUGCUAGUUUGUACUUGUGCUUACUCCACUGGAACAGGAUGUCUGGAUGUCAUCAAUGAGGACUCCAUAUAAUAGUGUUAAGAGAAUGUUUAUUACAUAUGAUGCUUUCUGGGGAGAGCAGGGUAGACCUUCUCAGGUUGUCUAAAAAUGGCUAGAGAAUGCAGGGAAUGGUGACUGGUAUGUUAGGAUGGAUACUAUGUGGGGCUGGGGCGAUGGCACUCAUGGUGUGAACUUUCAGUUAAUGCCAAGGGAAGGGGCACUCAGGCUUUAUUAUUAGCUUGCCCUGCCCAGGUGGGCAGAAUAGUAAGAGGUUAUAUAGUGAGGCUUAAUAGGUAUCAUUCCUCAGACAUCAAAAAUGGAGUCAGACUCUAAUA